CUGACCGGAAAACAACCGGGCAGAGUGGAGCGGAGGCAGGCAGAGGAAAGAUGGCAGCCGCGGCAGUGGCUGAGUUUCAGAGAGCACAGUCUCUUCUUGGAACAGACCGGAAUGCCUCUAUCGAUAUCUUACAUUCAAUAGUAAAGCGGGACAUCCAGGAGAGUGAUGAGGAGGCGGUGCGUGUUAAAGAGCAGAGCAUCCUGGAGCUGGGUGGGCUGCUGGCCAAGACAGGACAGGCUGCGGAGCUUGGGGGUCUUCUGAAGUAUGUGCGCCCCUUCCUCAACUCCAUCUCCAAGGCCAAGGCAGCCCGGCUGGUCCGCUCCCUGCUUGACCUGUUCCUGGACAUGGAGGCUGCAACAGGUCAGGAGGUGGAGCUCUGCCUGGAGUGCAUAGAGUGGGCCAAAGCUGAGAAGAGGACCUUCCUCAGACAGGCACUAGAGGCUCGUCUGAUUUCACUGUAUUUCGACACAAAGUGCUACCAGGAGGCACUACAACUCGGCUCCCAGUUGCUGCAGGAACUGAAGAAGAUGGACGACAAGGCCCUGCUGGUGGAGGUUCAGCUGCUGGAGAGUAAGACCUACCAUGCGCUCAGUAACCUGCCCAAGGCCCGCGCCGCCCUUACCUCUGCCAGGACAACCGCCAACGCCAUCUACUGCCCACCCAAACUACAAGCAGCUUUAGACAUGCAGUCAGGGAUCAUUCAUGCAGCAGAGGAGAAAGACUGGAAGACGGCUUACUCUUACUUCUAUGAGGCCUUUGAGGGCUACGAUUCCAUUGACAGCCCCCGAGCUAUCACAGCCCUCAAAUACAUGCUGCUUUGCAAAAUCAUGCUCAAUGCGCCAGAGGAUGUCCAGGCCCUCAUUAGCGGCAAGCUAGCUCUCCGGUACGCUGGCAGACAGACAGACUCACUGAAAUGUGUGGCACUAGCCAGCAAGAACCGGUCGCUCGCAGACUUUGAAAAGGCGCUUACAGAGUACAAACCAGAGCUGAGGGAUGACCCCAUUAUCAGCACCCAUCUGACCAAGCUGUAUGACAACCUGCUGGAGCAGAACCUCAUCAGGGUCAUCGAACCUUUCUCCAGGGUCCAGAUAGCACACAUUUCCUCCCUCAUCAAACUUUCUAAGGGAGACGUGGAGAGGAAAUUAUCACAGAUGAUUCUGGAUAAGAAGUUUCACGGUAUUUUGGACCAAGGAGAAGGAGUGCUGAUCGUCUUCGAUGAGCCAGUGGUGGACAAGACGUACGAGGCGGCCCUGGAGACCAUUCAGAACAUGAGCAAAGUGGUGGACUCGCUCUACAACAAAGCCAAGAAGCUCACAUAAGAGAGAGUGAAACCAUCUGUCCUCCUGUCCGGAGUGACGUGGGCCAGUCAGACCUCCGUCGAUAGCUCACUUCAACCCGGGAGGGACGAGGGGAGGAGGACGAGGAGAUUACGAACACUCAACAAUCCAGCAAGCAAAGAAACCAGCUGACCAACUGACGACGACCCAACGGAAUAACAAACUGACAGGGUGGACACGCAGCUCCUCCUGGUCCUCCCUCAGCCCUCUGCUCUCCCUCCCUCCUGUCACUCUCUCUUCCUUCCAAUCUGACUGGGGUUGAUCUGACACAAAGUGCUCCUCCCUAUGGACAAAUCCAGGCACUGCGCCCAUCUUCUCUUCUCCCACCACUGGUUUCUACUGUAUGUAAAACUGGACAAGCCUCCCUUUCCCCCUUUUUUUCUCCUCUGUUUCUCUCUGCACUGGCCAUCAGGGAAUCUUGUAAAAUAACGAUAAAGAAUACCUAUACAGUACUUAUACAUACAUAUAUUGUAAAAAAAAAACAAACAAAAAAACACAUGCUCGGUCUGUUCUCAGUGUAACCUGGGGCAGUGGUGGGUUGGUUGGUCUGUCCCUCACCGGAUACUACCUGUUCUGUUCAAUUUGCCAACCAGCCCUAAAAGUGAAUGUUUGAAUUUCUGUGAUUCUCUGCGGUUGUUUAGAAACAACCCUCGGUCACUUCGGUCACCUGAAGACUGGUUUUGAAAAUGCCGGCCAUCAGAACAACCCCUCCCUUCUCCUCACACCUGUACUGUGACCUUUGCCCCUCUCCCCCCCAUCCUCCCCUCUCACCUGUUUCACCCUGAGUGGUCUCACUCAAGUCACAAGGCAUUCUGGGAUUCGUGGACCAUACAGGGAAUUUGCUCUUCUGUCCACUCGGGACCAUGCCACAAUGAGAGGAGGACAUUCAUUAACACACGGGGGUCUCCCAUAACCCCCCCUUCUUCCUCCCACUUCCUAUUUGUAUAUAACAGUUGCCAAGCAUCAUCCAAGGCCUGAUGUAUUCACACUGUCCCCUUUUUUUGUAAUGCAUAAGAACAGAAUAAACCUUGCCACUGAGAGCUUGGUCAGUCACACAAAGUGCUUUCGAUGCUUGAGACGUGACUGGAGAGAGAACUCUUUGUUCUGACGUGUGUAUAAGGGCGGGUUUCGCUGAAGAAAAUCAAGCUGUACAUUUCUGGGAACUUAAUUUUGCAAGGACUCGAGGGUUUACCAUAUAUGACAUAGAGAAAGACAUGCUAAUAAAAAAAAAAAUGAAACCUGUAA